AUGGAGUUUUUGUUCAGCGAAGAAAGCAUUGGCAUUGAGGCUCAGCAGCCAGUUGGCGACAAGGUUGAGGAAUUGUUAAAAACGGUUUUAACAAACCAAGCAAAAUUAUUGGAAAACCAGAAAAUAGGUAUGGACCAAUUCUUUCAUUUCGGCAAGCGACUAACUAAUUUAGAAAACAUAUUUAAUGAAAAUAAAAUCGAAGCCAGUGAGCAGCUAACACAAUUUAAGACGGUGCGUGAAUGUAAGGUCCUACUCCGCAGGAUUCAUCAUUCUGUUUGUAAAAUGACUGGAGAAGAAGUGGAUGAAAUUCAAACGGAAAUAUCGUCCACAUUACCAUUGCAAACGCUAGCUGCAGCUGAAGAAUUUGAAAAAAAGCUGCUGCAACAACAAUAUCUUGAGGCAAUGAAAACUUUACUUUUGAAAAUUAAGGGUCCUGAAACGACUGUUGACGAUUUGCUUCGUCAGCUUUAUAGUGAUGAAAUGUUGUCGCUUUGCAACUGGGAUGGUAGGGGCAACAAGGAAGCAUUGUCCCAAUAUUCUCUUGUUUCAGACAUACUUUUUGAUAUUUUUCAGCUAUGCGGACGAGCAACUUACGAGAAGAACAUUCGUAGGUCAAUUGAGCUUAGUCACCACCGUUUUAAGCAGCGAAAUUAUCGGCAGCGGAAUUUAAAUAAGAAAUAA